AGACAAGGCUUUUGCAAGUGGUUCAACGUGGCCAAGGGAUGGGGAUUCAUCACACCGGAUGAUGGAGGAAUUGAUGUCUUUGUACACCAGGUAAUAGGAAUGCCACCACCCCCCACCCCCACCAAACCUUUUCCCCCAUGAUCUAAAAUCCCAUGUCUCUGACCAUUAUCCUUUUUGUCCUUGUGUCUGGAAGGGAGGGACAUUAGGGAAACCCCAGAUGAAGACAAGUAAAUUAAGUCAUGCCUUUGUUAAACACCUGUACAGAUGGGUGGAGACUGACAAGGGCAAAUAGUCCAGGACAACAAUGGAUUAGUCAACAAUACAAGAUUGGGUGGUCUUUGUUUGGCCCCGGGAUUACAAAACUGCUUUAUUAUGUUCAAAGAUAGUGUAACAUUUUGAAAAAUAAAAAAAAGGGGGUGGGGGGGUGUAUCUUUCAAUAAUGGUACCAGCUUCUGGCGGGUGGGUACUAUUUUUUUUUAGUAUAGUAUGUGAUUGAUAUCAGCUAUUCUUCUGCAAUAUAAAAUUCCAUUAGAAUAUUUAUAGAAAAUCAUUGAAAAUCUGUAUUUCAUAUUACACUUAUUUUGAACAGGUAGACCAUUUGUACAAAAUUGUCUGCCAAAUUUUAAUUUUAAAAAAAUAAUAAUAAAGUAAAAACUUUUUCCUCAGACCACAAUCUUUAAGAAUGGCUUUCGUAGCCUUGCGGAAGGUGAGCGUGUGGAGUUUGAAAGUAAACCAUCCAAUCAAGGCAUGGAGGCAACAUUUGUAUGUGGGGUGGGAGGUCAGGAAUGUAAAGGCAGUGAGAGGAGACCCAUGUCAAGGAAGAAGCCGAGGAAAAUACGGUGAGUGUUCGUCCAGAUGUCAUACACACUGAAGAAUUUUUUCAUAAGUUUGAGCAAUCUUAGCCAAGUUUUUUCUCUUCCAUUUCCUAAUUGCCCAUUUCUGUUUUCUUGAAAUCGGUAAUGAAGGUUAUGGGGUGUUCAUCACUUUGGACAAGAACGAAACCACUCCGACUAAUCAGCCCCAAUAUAUCAGCCCCCAGGCUAAUGGGAUCCCAACAAUAUGGAUCGCCCCACCGACUAAAAGACCCCCGUCACAAGGGCACCCGUCAAUUAGGAUGGCCACGACAAAUUAUCACUACCACUCUCCACACAAUAUUCUUCUUAACAAUUUUAAAGCCCUAAGAAUUUUUUUAUCCAAUAUAAACUCACUAAUAUUUUUAGGAAAUAACCUUUUUACACAGUACACAAAUUGUACACCGGCCAAACCCCCUCCUCUCAGUUGUUUGAGACCCUAGAUGAUGUAGCUGUCUGUGGCCCUAUUAUGGUUGGGGGGAGGAGAGAGAGACUAUUUUGAUGUGACAUAGUAUAUUCAAAAUGUAGGUUUGGUGUAUUAUUAACUUAAAGAUUAUUUUCUUGAAUAAUUGAAAUAAUUUUUUUUAAUUUGAACUACUUGGUCAAAGCAUCAUCAAGUUUCCCUAUCUCUCAGUACAGCACAGCAUAAAUGCUGGUAAUAUUUAGCAUUAGAGAAAAAGAAGUUACCCAACCCCUCGUUGGUAUAGAAAUCAAUGAGUGCCAUCUGAGGUCACCAAUCCAAAUAUGCCUUCAGACUCAAUCAGUGACAUCCGAGGUCACCAAUCCAAAUAUGCCUUCAGACUCAAUCAGUGACAUCUGAGGUCACCAAUCCAAUUGCCUUCAGACACCAUGCAGCAUUUCAAACAGUUGGAAAAUCUGAUAACUUGAUAAUCCAAAGUGUGCUACCCUUAUAAUUUUUUAUAAAUUUGGCUCUUAAAUGGUUAUUCCUUGCUCUAAAACAAGGGUGAACUUUGUCUAUGUGGAAUCAGAAUCCGUAAGAAAUGAAAGGGUCAAGUAUUUGAGGAUGCAGUUGGCUGGUUGGCUGUUUUUAUUGUCAUGAGUGUGGCUUAAAAAAAAUUAUUUUAAAAAAAUACGGAUAUAAUACACUUGUUAAGAUUAUUUGAACAAUAAAGAUACCAUAGUGCACCUCGAGACUGCCUUUUAAAAAAUCAAUUUAACAUAAAACUAAAAUUAAAGAAGCUUUUAAAGGUAUUGAUCAAUAAAAUUUACUAGUGCAAACAUGAAUUUAUAAUUAAACCUUAUUAAAGAUGUUUGUUGUGUCAAAAAAUGAACCCCAUUAAUAUUAUCAAUGUUAAGUAUACUUUAUUAAUUGAUUUCUUUACCUGAACUCGAUCUUAGUUCCUUCCACCAUUGCCUAGCUAAGGUACAAUAUGUGCACAAAUCCCUUAGUGUCGUAUAUUUCACACUUCAAAACGAACAAACCCAUCGUAGCCUUAUACCCGACUGCCUUUGCCUUCUUUAUAGAUAAUCAUAAAAAAAUCUCGAAAUAGUGAUUCUGAGAAGUAAAUGUCAGUCACAAGAGUGACAAGACACAGUUUGUCAUAAGCACUACUGUAACCUUUUUGAUAACAUAUUGCUUUCCUCAUACAGCAUUUCUUUAUUUUCCACUUCUGCUUUCACAUUGGCAGCUGUCCUAAACUUAUUUUGAGCUUAACCAUAAAAUUUUUAAACACUUUUUUACCAUUACUGAGCAGGAAUUUUUUUCUCAUGUUUUUCAGAUGCUACAACUGCGGGGACUUUGCCAAUCAUAUUGCAGCCAAAUGCCCGCAUGGUCCACUUCCCAAAAGGUGCCACCAGUGCAAAUCUACUGAGCACUUAAUAGCAGAUUGUCCUCUAAAAGACUCU